UGAGAUCUCAUACUCUUAGGUUCCUGUCGUGCACAAACACUGGAAGAUUAUAUUUUUUCUUUUGAAAAAACAAAACAAAAACAAAUCCUGCACUUAGGACGCGCGCUGCAGUUCAGAGCGAUGAUGCCACGUACACCAAGCCACUGACUCACAGAAAGCUCCAGAAACUUUACACCAAAUUGCUUCACCAAGAUGAACUUCUCCAAGACCUCCACUGUCAGCCCCUCUGUCUGGAGCUUCAUGGUUAAUUCCAGCCAAGAGAUCUACUCCCUGAACAUCACUGAAGUUCCACCAUCUCGCACGAAAUCCAAAGUCUGCGAGCAGCUCAACAUCACCCCUGAGGUCUUCCUCAUUCUGGGCAUCAUCAGUUUGUUGGAGAACAUCCUGGUCAUCUGCGCCAUAGUGAAGAACAAGAACCUGCACUCGCCCAUGUACUUCUUCGUGUGUAGUCUCGCAGUGGCGGACAUGUUGGUGAGCGUGUCCAAUGCGUGGGAGACCAUCGUCAUCUACCUGCUCAGCAAUCAACAGCUGGUGGCAGAAGAUCACAUCAUUAGACAAAUAGACAACGUCUUCGACUCCAUGAUCUGCAUAUCUGUGGUGGCGUCCAUGUGCAGCCUUCUAGCCAUCGCUGUGGAUCGAUAUGUCACCACUUUUUACGCGCUGCGCUACCACAACAUCAUGACCGUGAAGCGUGCAUCGCUCAUCAUCACCGGGAUUUGGACCUUUUGCACGGGAUGCGGCAUCGUCUUCAUCAUCUACUCCGACAGCACGCUUGUCAUCGUGUGCCUGGUGUCCAUGUUCUUCAUCAUGCUGGCGCUCAUGGCCUCACUGUACACCCACAUGUUCAUGUUGGCUCGCUCGCACGUCAAGCGCAUCGCCGCUCUGCCCGGAUACAACUCCAUCCACCAGAGGACUAACAUGAAAGCGGCCGUCACGCUCACCAUCCUGCUGGGGAUCUUCAUAGUGUGCUGGGCGCCUUUCUUCCUCCACCUCAUCCUCAUGAUCUCCUGCCCGAGGAACCUGUACUGCAUGUGUUUCAUGUCCCACUUCAACAUGUACCUCAUCCUGAUCAUGUGCAACUCCGUUAUCGACCCACUCAUCUACGCCUUCAGGAGCCAGGAGAUGCGCAAGACGCUCAAGGAGAUCAUCUGCUGCUACAGCCUGAGGAACGUCUUAAGAUGGUCUAAUUGAAUCCAGACGCACAAAUCUGCGUAUCGUGUGUGUGUAUCGUUUACGUGUGUUUUAGCUAGCUGUCUGACAAGUUAAACAUCAUGCUGUUAAGUGAAGGAAAAAAAUGUUACUACAUCAGCCAGAAAAUGUUCUGCUGGUGUGUCAUAGCUGCAUGUGAACGUUUCUCUUAAUUAACGCUGGUUUGUUUGACUCGUCAGUUCUUUCAGGCAGAGAAUGAUAGACUAUGUUUGAAUUAUGUUACAAUAUAAUAUAAUAUAAUAUAAUAUAAUAUAAUAUAUUACAAUAAUACAACAUAUAUAAUAAUAAUUAAGUUCUAAUAUGCUAGCUAGCGUGUUCUAACAGUGUAAGUACAAUGUGACAGGUGUAGCUAGCGAACAUUCUAGCUUGCUAACCAUUAGCUAGCUCAUGUAAACAAACUGAAAAACGAAUGUUAUCAACACUGAAUAUUUUAAUUUAUUUACAUUUUCAUUUCUAAGCAAACGUGCAGGGUUUUGUUUUUUGGGGUCCAAGCACUUGUUAUUUAAUUUAUGGGAAUGAAUUGUACUUGAUGUGGAACGUUGUAGCAAUGGUUACACAUGCGACUGUAAAUAUACAGAUUGAAGGAUGGCCCCAGUGGUUGAUGGGUAAUUUGAGAAUGAAUCACUCUUUCUGAAUGACUGGUUUAAGUGAAUCAGGCAAUUCGAUUCACGGGAAUGAAUGAAUCCAAAGCUAUAUUUGGAACUGCACUAGAUGGUGAAUGGUUAAAGAGGCCUCUGGUACUAUUCAUCCAUCCAUUCUCUGUACAUCUUAUCCUACACAGAGUCACAUCCCAGGGGACUCGGGGCACAAGACAGGGGGGGAUACCAACCCAUCGCAGGGCACAAGCACACACACACACACACACACACACACACACACACACACCCAUUCACAUAGUACAGACAAUCUGGAAAUGCCAAUCAGCCUACAGUGCAUGUCUUUGGACUGUGGGAGAAAAGCGGAGUACCUGGAGGAAGCCCUGAAGCACGGGGAGAACAUGCAAACUCCACACACACAGGGUGGAGGAGGGAAUCUAACCCCCAACCCCCAGGUGCGAUGCAAACGUGCUAACCACUAAGCCACCAUGCCCCCACUCUGUUACCCUUAUUGCAUUAAUGGACUUUUUUUUAUUAUUAGAAAAAACAUUUAGUGUUUCUACAUCCCUCUCUGAGAGGUGAGUCAAAAUGAAAUCAUUGAUUUAAUUGAAUCCAUCACUGAAGCAUGGAUGAAGACAUCUGUGAUGUCAUGCCACCUACAUUUUCACUGAAAUGACCUUUUUUAAUGCCUGAUGCAUGUGGAACUGCCUGGAAAUCUGUCCCAUCUUUUAAAAUAUUAAUAAAUCCCCACGAGGGACUGCAGGAGACUGCGCUUCACUAACAACGGCAGAAAAGCUCAGAAAACUGCUAGUACUCCAAGUUUCUUGAGGAUUUUGAGAAACAGACAAAUCAGAUGUUCUUCAGCAGCUGUAGGAGGUGAGCGCAUUUCAUAGUCGUGUUUAAAAUGCAAUAUUCAUGUUGAGGGCCUUCGGUGAAUCUAAAUUGCAAUUUAAACACACACAUUGCGACUCCUACACCUCCUACACCUCCGAAGUGUUUUUCACAGCAGCUGAUGAAAGAGAAUGUUCUCGACUUGUACAGUGAAGUGAAGUGCAUGUUGUAACUCUAUGUAUGUGAAUACAUUAAAACCAGAUAAUAAAUGAUGUAAUAUCAGGUGCUUUAAUAUUUCAUCACGUAUAUAGACUUGUUUCCCUCUUGUAUUCCUGUCAGCAGUAGGAACUUGAAGCGUGGACGGCUGCACAGACGGCAAUCGGUAAAAUCUUUGCUGUUUUGUACAAAUGUGAUGAAGUAUUUGUGGGUGGGGUUUGGUUUGGUAGCUGGAUGAGGAAAUAUACUAAAUAAUAUCAUUGCAUGAUAUGUACAGUUACAUUGCUAAGCGGGUCAGGCUUGUGUGUUUUGGUUGGACGCUUGACAGCAGCAGCAACGCUGGUGUUAUUUAAUUACUUACGCAACAAUGUACCAUCAACCCUUAUUUAGCAUAUUAAUAACAUUAAUAGCCAAUAGCAGUUUUCAUACAGCAGAUCUGACAAAUUUGGAAUGACUUUACAAUGUUGAGUGUUAAAUUAAAAUUUCAUCGAACUUAGAUUGUGACACCAAUGAGAGAUAAACAAACUCUAAACAAAGUGACUAAACAAACUCUUUCAUUUGACAUCUAGGCGUUCAUUUGACGCCAAAGCUACAUCAUUUGUUUCUGUUUUUUUUAGUACAAUUUUUCCAUCAGCAUAAAAAUUUGUCAAAAACACUUUUUGACCCGUUUGAUUUCCAGUGAUAUGAUGUUGCUGCCCUAUCCGUCCUUGUAGCUGUCGAUGCUUGAAGUCUCUAACUGAAGCAUUUACUUUUCAGGUGAUGUACACAACUUCGCCCACAUGUUGGUGUUUAUAUUUUAUUACAGUGAAAAUCUGGACGUGGUGAAUGUAUCUUUGUAUGAUUGUCUGAUUAUUAAAUGUGAUGUAAAAUAGUCAUUAACACCACACUCUUUCAGGGAAAGAGCAUGGCUGUGUCCCAAAUGCUGGGGUUCGACAGAACAGUUCUUAUUAGAAGUGCUUUAUAACAACUGCACACAAUCGUGUCGUAUCGAGCUAAUCAGUGCAAUAGCUUGUAUUAAACAGCAUGCUGAGAUGAAGACUAAAUAUUUAACCAUUAUGCUAGCACUGUACACUACUGUAGCCUAGUGAUAAGCUAGCUAACAGCCUGAUAGUGAUUAGUGAGUAGAAAAAGUAGGAUUUAUGUCAUUAUGCAAUCAUCUGAAUGUUACAUUUGUAAGCUUGCUGCUCACAGUCAUUUCUCACUGUUAAACCUGACUUAUCAUCUCUGUAUACAAGAUUUCUUAUUGUAAAACACUUUGGGACAGAUUUGUUGUGUAAAAUGUGCUCUAUAAAUAAAGUUUGACUUGA